AUGCACCAGAAUUUCGAGGGCGCCCGUGAACGGGAAACCCUCAAAUAUCAACACGCCUUCCCUGUUCCAACUGCAGUGGUCAACGACCCAACGGCUCCCGUCCCCCGUGAUGCCGUCGCUUCUUGUGCCGACUCAGCCUUAACCGCCUUUGCCCAGCUGGCUUCCCUUCGCCUCAACACCACCCGCGCUCUCAUCUCCCUCUUCGACCGCGAACACCAGUAUGUGGUCGCCGAGGCCACUCAGUCCAUCCCUCUCAGCCCGGGCAUCCAGUACCCCGAGGAAGGUCGAAAUCACUUGUGGCUUUGUGGGGCCGCUGUCCCUCGAUCUUAUGGCAUUUGCGAGCACGUCCUCCUUGGUGUCACCGGCGGUCCGGAUACCCCCGGCUCCUUCGUCCAGCCUCCCAAUGGGGACCUCCAUGUCUCCGUGAUCCCCAACCUCGCUGAGGACACCCGGUUUGCUGACCGUCCUUAUAUCCGCGAUGCCCCGCAUUACCGAUUCUACGCUGGCGUCCCCAUCCGCUCGCCGAAAGGCCUUAAUAUUGGCGUCCUGAGCCUCUUCGACGUCACGCCUAGGGCCGCCGGCCUCGACUCGGCUGCUCUCCAGCUCAUUGUUGACGUAUCUCAGACUGUCAUGGGCUACUUGGAGUCAAGGCGCGUUAACGACAGCUAUCUUCGUAGCGAACGCAUGGUGCUCGGCCUGGGCAAUUUCAUUCAAGGCAAGGACGAACCCUCCACUUGGUGGCCCAAGAAGAAGAAGCUCCACCCUGCCCAUUGCAAUGCCCAUCUGAAUGGUGACAGAGAUGCCUCUGCCAGCCCAACCCACACGGUCAGUGUGACCGAAGAUGGUGUCCAAGUUCAACCGCGCAAUCGACCCGAGAGCCCCCUCCGGCCCAUCGCCACCGUAAAGGACGCACCGCCCGCCUCGCAGAAGAGCGAGUCCACUGAGUCGGUCGACACCGUCCCCUCUACCGGCGCUUCCGCCUCCACCAACCGGAGUCCAAAGCCCCCCGUCGACCCGCAUCAAACCGAGAUGGUCAAGAUCCUCACUACGGCUGCUGACAUCGUCAGAGAGUGCCUCGAUGUUGAGGGAACUAUCUUCCUCGAUGCGAGCGUGGGUUCUUUCGGCCGCCUUGUCGAGUCCGCCCAUCUCACCACUCACGUCGAUUCUGUCGACGACCUCACCUCCAGCAGCGAAGAUAGCUCCUCCAGCCAGAUCCAUAACCGCCAGGAUGAGCAGCCCUGCAAGGUCUUUGCCGUUUCUAGGCGGGACAAGUCGGUCACCCUCGACGGCGACAAACCUGUCAACAAUUCGGUCAUGAUGACGGAAAGGCCUCUCGCCAAACUCCUCCGCCGCUACCCCAAUGGGAGGAUAUUCAGCUUCGACGAAGCCGGUGCCUGGUAUUCCGGGGAAUCGUCUUCCGGCGAUGAUGCCACCGAGCCCGAAGAUAAAGGCGAGAACGGCGGGCCGAGGCCAUCCAAGGGGCGCAGGUCGCCACAUUCACGCCGUGGCGAGGCCAAGAUCAUUGGCAAGCUCUUCCCGGGCGCCAGGAGCGUGGCCCUCUUCCCGCUUUGGGAUCCUUUCCGCGACAAGUGGCACGCCGGUGGCUUCAUUUGGAGCAAGACUCCCACCCGCAUCCUCACCACCGAUGCCGAUUUGCCUUACCUGAGAGCUUUCGGCAUGAUCACAAUGGCCGAAAUCAGCAAGCUGGACGCCAUGGUCGCCGAUAAGGCGAAGACGGACAUUCUGGGUUCCCUGAGUCACGAGUUACGAUCUCCACUACACGGUGUGGUGGCGGCCGCCGAGCUGCUCCAUGACACCCAACUCGACGUCUUUCAGAUGGAUACGUUGCUUGACACCAUUGAUCAUUUGCUUGCCUACAGCAAAGUCAACAACUUCUUGAGCUCUUCAAGAACGCAACGCAAAAAGGUCAAGACGGUUCGCGGUCUCAGUAAGGAAGCCGAGGCGUCCAUCGAAUCCGGUAUGGUGACGCUCGUCUCUGAUAUCGCGCUGGACGUCUUGGCCGAAGAGGUGAUAGAAAGCGUGUUCAUCGGUCACAGUUUCCAGCACACGGUGGCAUCGCAACUGGCACGACACGGUGCCAAGGGCCCCAUGACAUCGCCACGAGAACGCCUUGAUGCGAUCUAUUUGGCAGACACCGGAAGCACGCAAACUUCGGUUUCUGAAGAACUUCCCCAGGAUCAUGGGGUCGUACAGGUCAUCGUCGAUAUCGAUCCGAACCCCUACUGGUGGUUCCGCACGCAGCCGGGGGCUAUCCGCCGGAUCAUCAUGAACCUGUUUGGAAACGCGCUCAAGUAUACCUCUCGUGGCCACGUCAAGAUCACCUUGAGGCAAGAAGACAUGGCACAAAAGGGCGCGAACCCGAACUCCAUGGUCGUGCUCACUGUCGCCGACUCGGGCAAGGGCAUCGGUGAAGACUUCCUGCGAAACAAGCUGUUCACGCCGUUCUCGCAGGAGGAUCACCUUGCGCCUGGUACCGGCUUGGGGUUGAGUCUCGUCCGUCAGAUCGUCGUCUCUCUCAACGGCUCAAUCAGUGUGAAGAGUCACGUCGGCCAAGGCACUUCCGUUACCGUCUCCAUCCCGUUGGCGUUUGCCCAGAAGCAGCAAGACAGUCGAGAAAACCACAGCCAGAAGCGCUCCCUCGACUGCCGCACCAUCCCACCCCUCCGGGCAUCUGCGAUCGGAUUCAGCGAUGUCCCGGUCAAGUCCAGCGUGGCGGGCGAAUCAUCAGUCCCCCCACUGGAAAGCUUGCCCCUCAAGUGGUGCAACAUUACACUCUGCGAACUGAGAACCUUAGAGGAUGGUCUCGUCGCUACCGAUGUGGGUCUGGCGAUCUACAGUGAAACUGCUUACCGUCGACUGGACAAGACCACCCUCGAUCGACAUCCAGUCCCGGCAGUGGUGGUCUGCCAAAGUGCUGUGAACGCCAUGAAAGUUGACCCAUCCCCGUGGUCGGGGAGGAACUCCGCGUUUGAGUUCGUCCAUCAACCGCACACCCCUCGAAAGUUUGGUAAAGCGGUCGUGUCCGUCCUCAACCGUUGGCGGGAAUUGCAAGCCACGAGAAUGCCGGCUAAACCAACUCCAUCCUCUGCCUCAAUGGACACGAAUAUCGUCUCGACCAUUGCAGAUGGCUUGUCAGGGAUUUGUAUUGUUGCCAGUCCGGGAAAGGCCUCGCUAGAGGCGAUGAUACCCCCGGAGGUCGUCAAGACCAUGCCAGAGGGAAUACGCCGACUCGGCAGUGUAGACGAUGAUUCCGAUUUCACGUCAGUUACAUCGCCUGGCAUAUCCUCGGAUUUGACAUCCCCCACGGAUGUGGACAUUCACGACGAUGAGCAGACCUUGAGUCUCGGCGCCCAAGCAAUGGCCAGUAGUGGCAAGCACACAGCCCACGACGGCAACAAGACUGGUGGUCAGCAAGCCAAUGGAUACCCAGUGGACGAUGACAGUGAGAAGAAGACGGGCGGCCGCAGGUCGCAUUUCCUUGUCGUCGAUGACAACCCAAUCAAUCUCAAGCUUCUUUCCACAUUUAUGAAACGUCUACGCCGCGAACAUUGUACCGCUACGAAUGGCCUCGAGGCUCUAGAAACAUUCACGGGAUCCCCGGACAAGUUUUGCUGCAUUCUGAUGGAUAUCAAUAUGCCGGUCAUGGAUGGGUUAGAAUCAACCCGUAAAAUCAGACAUUUCGAACGCAGCCGUCAACUACCGCCAGUUACGGUAAUCGCCAUCACUGGUUUGGGGUCCCAAAGCGAUCGGGAGGAAGCUUUCGCCAGCGGACUGGAUCUUUUUCUCACCAGGCCGGUGAGGAUGGGGGAGCUUUUCGCUAUCCUGAAGGAACGCGGUCUUGGAGACCAAGAUUCAGAGGGUCGCAUGAACAAGGAGACGAACGCGGACACGGAUACGGGCACAGACACGACCACGACGAAGGCCACGACAGCGACCGCGACAUGA